UAUAAAUUGAGAUAUUUUUAAUAAUUAAGCACAUUUAAUUGUAUUAAACCUUAAUUACUCACUCAGUAAUAAAUAAAUUAAUUAAGAAUUCAAAAAAUAAAGUAAAAUAUACCAUAAAAAUGCUAAGCCUAAAAGAUCUUAAAGUAUUUGAUAUUUUUGCUCCUACUUAUCAAUAAAAAGUUCUAAAUGGUAGUAAUAAAAGAUAAACUAUUAUUGGUGGUUUGUUUUCAAUUGUGAUUGUUUUACUGUGUUUAGCAUACGCUGUUUAUUUGUUUUAAAAUUAUGUGAAUGGAUCAUAUUAACCAAAGUAAAAUGAUUACACUUCUUACUCACCAACAGAGAAAUUAUUUGAUUUAAAAUUAAAUAAUAUAAAAAUUUUAAUUUUUAAUGAAAAUGAAACUCUUUUACAAAAUGAAAUGAGAAAUAAAAUUUAAUAUUUUACUAUUUCUCUCAGUGUAAUAUCUAACCAUAAAGUUGUUUAAUAAUAUCUUGCUGAAGAGUGCUACAAUUAAGCCUUAGAAAAAUAAGUAGGAAUCAAAUCAGGAUUUUACUAUUGUUUUGGUAAAUAAAAUACAAAUUAGCCUAUUCAAUUAGAGCAGAGUGAAUAUAAAAAUACAUCAUUAAAAAUAGAUUUCAAUUAUUGCUAACAAAAUUAAGUAAAUUAAGGUUACAGAUGUGCUUCUUUGAUAGAAGCUAAUUCUUAUUUAUAUGAUUAAAAUAAUAAUUUUCAAAUUUUAUUAGAAACAGACAUUUAUAAUCUUCAUAAAAAUUAAGACAUUAAUACUUUUUACAUUUAAGACUUAUUUCCCAAGCCUCAUGAAAUCUUAAACAAUGUUAUGUAGCUUCAGCUAACAAAUAUAUAAAUUAUUUAAGGUAUUAUAAUACAAUACUCAAGUACAAAAACUUACUUCUAUAACUUUUUAAACGAAAACUACUAUAUCCCAUUAAGUACUAAUCCAGACUAGAUUAAUCCUAUUUCUACUGAAAUUAAGUUAGAUAAACCUAUUAAAUACGAAACAAUUUAAUUUGUUCCAAUAACUUAAGUUCUUUCUGAAGCUUGGACAACUAUAUCAUUGCUUUUAGUAUUGGGCAAUAUAGCUAGAAUUAUAUCAGAAACAGGAUUUAUGAUUGACUUGAUAUAAAUUUAAUUGAAAUUUUACUAUAAAAAGACAGCAAAAAAGCUUUGUCCAUAAGACGAGGAUUAAUAUAACUCUUAAAAUACAUUAAACGAUUCAGCUCAGAAUGUUAUUAAGAUAAAUGAAAAAGUUGAAAACACAAACUACAAAAAAAAUAUUCAAAAUUAUUUUAAUUUGUCCAAAUGGUAAAAAUUUUCAAUAUUUUAUUUGCCAUCAAUUUGUUAGAAGAGAAAAGACAAAACCGAGGAACAAAUUACUCUUGAAAAUUUAAUAAAGCAAACAAAUAAUGAAAUGAACAUCUACGAAAUGCACAAAGAAUUAUUAAAGAUGAAACUUCUUUUAAAAAUGCUAGUUAGCCCAGAGCAAUAUGCUGCCAUUUAGAUGUGUGGUUGUGAUAUACUUUAAAAUGCCUCUACAGAUAUGAAAGUGAAUGAAAAUAAAGAUAACAUUGAUUUAACAUUAAAGGGAGAUGAAAGCAAAAAAGUUGAUGAUAGUACAAGUUUUAAUAUUUUUACAAAAUACUAAGAAAGGCAAAGCAAAUUAAAUGAUAAUAUUAUUAAAAAUGAUUUAUAGGUUAUUAUAUCAGAGGAUUAAAAUGAAAAAUAUAAAAAUAAACCUUCAAACUAAUAAUAAAUCAAUGUCUAAAUGCAAAUUUUAGAUAAAACUAUAAAAUAAAAAAAAAUUCUACAUUUAACCAAUAAAUAAUAAUAACUUAAUCAUCUUGAAAUACUGAAUAAAAUUGAUUUAGAUCCUAACUUUAAAAAAGAAUAAUUGGAAAAAUUUUUAUCUUAAGAUAAAGGAAAGUAUCAAGAUAAUGUAUUGAAUUAAAGGAUCAGAAGCUGCAUGUUGGGAUUAGAGACACCUUCGAUUAACUCUCUUUAAGCUAUUUUUAAAUUAAAUUAUAAUAUAGAGUAGAUUUAGCCUAAACUAAAUCCAGUCGUAUGAGAGAAUCAGUCACAUAUAAAAAAUUCUUAGCAUUAAAAUUUAUCAAAAUAAUAAGUAAUUAAAAUUAGUCAUUGAAAUAGGCAUUUUAGAGAUAUUCUUAAAAAUAUUACUGAAGCUUCAAUAUAUCUACUAACAAAAUCGAUUCAAUUAUUUUAAUAAAUAAAAUAGAAAUAUUACUAUCGUGAAUAUUAUUUAAAAAAUAUUUCUUUUAGAGAUAUUUUAUUUUAAUAAUGUUAUAAAAACUAGUUUUAAGCUAAAUUCUCAUUAUAUAGAAAAUAAAUAGAAUUAGCAAUACUAGUUGGUAGUUUCAAAAAUUUACUAUUUUCAAUUAUAAUAAUUAAUAUUUAAAAAUAUUUUGUUUUUAAAUAUUCAUUAAAAUUUACAUUUUAUAGAGUUGUUAAAUACUUUCAUUUAUAAAAUUGC